CAUGUGCAGCACCAGCGCCUGUGACCUGGAAGAAAUCCCCCUGGACGACGAUGACCCAAACAGCAUGGAAUUCAAAAUCCUGGCCUACUACGUCAGACACCAUGUUUUCAAGAGCACCCCUCCUGUCUUCUCGCCAAAGCUGCCGAGAACUAGGAGUCUGUCCCAGAAGAGUCUGGGGAGUUGGUCAGCAAACGAGUCAUGGACACAGGUGUCAUGGCCUUGCAGAAAUUCCGAAUCCAGCAAGAAACCAAUAAACCUCGCCAAGAAAAAGUCUUCUUGGAAAGCGCUCUGGGGACUAGUGGAGAAGGAAGAAGAAUCGCAGGGGUCGCCUGCAGGGAUCCAGCUUCAGGGACCCAGAACAGUGAAGCAGGGUGGUCUUCCCAGCCAGCAGUGCUCCAGGUCCCUUUCUAGUGUGGACCAGUGCUUAGAUCACGAAGCGGCGGACCCCAAAGUUGUUUCCAUUGCCAACCGAGUUGCAGAAAUUGUUUAUUCCUGGCCACCACUAGAAGCCCAGGGAGGUGGCAUCAAGUCCAGUGAAAAUUUCGAGUUCCAGGGUCUCUGCUUUCAGGGUGAAGGCGCCCAGCCUACAGCUUCAAGUUCUAAGAAAGAUGAAGAAGACCAAAUAAUAGCCAAAAUUGUUGAGCUGCUGAAAUAUUCAGGGGAUCAGCUGGAGAGAGAGUUGAAGAAAGACAAGGCUUUGGUGAGCAGCUUCCCGGAUGGGCUGCCCUACUCCGUUUUCAAGACCGUCACAGACCAGUUCCUAAGGGGUGUGGACACCAGGGGAGAAUCCGAGGUCAAAGCUCGGGGCUUUAAGGCUGCCCUUGCGAUAGACGCCAUGGCCAAGCUCACAGCUAUCGACAACCACCCGAUGAACAGGGUGCUGGGCUUUGGGGCCAAGUACCUGAAGGAGAACUUCUCGCCCUGGGUCCAGCAGCAGGGUGGAUGGGAAAAAAUACUUGGGCUAUCACAUGAAGAAAUAGACUGAAACGUCAGCUUUGCCGUCUGGAAUACUCAUUGUCCAACUGUGGUCCUGUGCACAUUGGUCUUGGUGAGGAUUACAGGAGAAAAUUAAAACGUGCAAGGCAGAUGGAGCACUGAAGUUUUUAAAACCACCAUUCCUGCGACCCGAGACGCAUCAGGAGAGGCCUCGUUCGUCUCCCACUCACGGACUGUGGUAGCAGGGUCCUUGACACUGACGUGUCUUAGGCCUUCCAUUGCGUGUAUGAAGAAGUCUGUAAAAAGUGGCCAUUUUCCUUUCAAAUGUUCAGAACAGAAACUGUCACCCUGCCUGUGUGAGCUACUUUAGGGAAAGUGUGUUACCGAUGUCUGCUGACCUCCUGAGGGUGAAAUGUGCGUGUGCUCACUCUUCGGUUUCUAGUACUAUUUACUUUUAAACUACACCUGGGACGGCCUAAUAAUGACACUGUUUCAAGCCCACCUUUAGGAAGAGGUUGCUAUUUGUGUUCGUAGGCAUAGCUUAAAGAAACUCUUAAAUUGACUGCUACAUCCACUAGUUUGGGGAUAUGACUUUUUGACUCACUUCUCUUGGAAACUUCUUCAUCAGUUUGAAAAACUUCCAUGUGGUACAAAACUGUCAUUCCAACCACCCUCCUCUCUCUUCUCAAUGACCGCACCUCUCCUUCCCAAGGUCUCUGGUACUUUCCCUAUUA